GAACCUAAAGAACAGACUCAUAUACAUGCUAUGUACACACGCGUUGUCCCGCUAGACGUUACGUUACUUUACUUUACUUGACAUUUGUAGUGACACUGCUUGACGCGUUUGUCGCAUCUCGCACCUCUUUUUCACCGCGGAAUCGCAACAACCCCGCUGUCCCGGGUAGAAUAUCGCCGCCGCCGCGCGGUAUCCUCUCGGUUUCCCCCGAGGGGAAGGCUGAGACCGAGUCCGCACGGACCGAGGAACCGAUCGCGCUCAGUCUCGCUGGUAAACAUUGCCGCCCGGUGAACGCAUCAUCGAUGUAGGACACGCAGUGGCGAUGACGCCAACGUCGCGCGAGUGUGGCGUUAACUUACCGAAUGAAGACACCGCAGGGAUGGCAGACGCGAGAAACGAGAACAUGUGCGAGCCGCGUCCUAACCUUCCAGCCGAGGCGCAGUAUUACGCCGUGUAUAUACCGCUGGAGCACAGGAAUCCGGACGAGGAAGAAAUCCACGUUUAUGUAGAGAAGUCGGAAGCCUUGAAUGUGAUAAAAAGUAUAAAGGAGCAUAAAAAGAGCCGUUUGCAAAUCUUCAAGAAUUACGCCGACGCCGUGGCAUACGCGAAGACUGGAUUCGAACAGUCUUACGGCUACUCUACGGUCGCCACGGCGCAGGAACAAUCGAGUUUUAAGGCGCCCAGCAUGAGCGAUACUAUAGCUUUUAAGAGAUUAGUCGAAAAGGGAAAUGUGGAGGCUGUGAUGGCUAAGGUGUGGGAAAAUCCGAGGUAUCUAAUCAGCAGUGGAGACACACCUGCCAUUUUGCAGAUGGGCUUCCGUUAUAAUGCUUUACAUAUAGCGGCAAAAGAAGGGCAGUCGAAGAUGUGCGAAUUAAUAUUGAAUACCGUUGGGGAUCCGAAAUUCAUGCGGUGGCAUUACGGGGACGAUAAAUGCACGACUUACCUGAAUCCCGCCCAGAUUAUGCAAGAUUUGUAUUUAAAUACGCCGGACAAAGGACUCAACGAAACUCCAUUGCACUUUGCUGUUAAACACGGUCAUAAGGAUGUCGUCCGAGUUCUUAUCUCCUAUUCUCAGUGCAUUAAAACCUUGCCGAACAAGUUCGAGCAGCUGCCUAUGGAGUUAAUAUGCAGCAGAAGAGAGACGGAAAAUGAAGCUCUAAAGCGUGAGAUACGUAUGCUACUGGAAGAACAGUUCUAUGUACCUGUGUUAAGAACAGAGGGCAAUACGUGCCCACCUAUCAUCGGAGAACCGUUCUCGCCGACUAGUCCACUUAUUUUGAACAGAGAUCCUAUCAGUCCUCGUGUAGAAUUAAGGGCGUUUGCCGGUCCUAUGACUAAGCCGCAGGCGACAGAAUUUCAAAAGAAAUUGAAAACGCCACCGCGUAUUAAUUUUAAGAGGGGACAAGGUGAUACACCCGGUAUUGUGAAUAGCCCUAGCAUAGCUCUGAGACUGCAAGAUACAGAAAAAGGAUUGGAACGUGUUGGAAGAGAUCUUGCUGAGGAAUAUCAAGUGCCUUGGAAGGAGUAUUGGCCGUUUUUAAAAGAUUUCGUUGAUUUUCGGAGUGACGACGGAUUGACAAAGCUCGAAAAAUAUCUGCAGCAAAGAUCCAAGGAUAAUGAGAAGCAAUUGUUUUACUUGAGAAAUCUGACUAAUAGUGCAUGUGCGCCAGUAAGUUGCGAAGGUGAACCAAUAAGUUGCCAAGAGAUGCCAAAAGAAAGCAAGGAGGAUGCCAUUAACGAUAUACAAUACUUAUGUGAUAAACUAGGUUUGUGCUCAUUAAGUACCGACAUUGAUGAUGAGGAAGAUUCAGAUAGUGAAAGUUUAGAAUUUUUUACACCUCCAUCUUCCCCGGAACAUAUUCAAGAUAAUUUCGAUGACGACAUGCAGAUUGCAGAGGAAGGAUCUUUAAUCUUUAUCGAAGGAUUUUCACCAACGAAAUUGGAUUAUGCUGUUUACAACGCACUUUCAACUGCGAUUGGCCCCGAUACGUAUCCACAUAUUUACCGUUGGCGACAUGAUAUGCAACUAGUAAUGCAACGUGACCCAUGCAGAUUUAACGCGAAAUCCCUCAGGAGACAACUAUUUACAAAUAAUUAAAUAUAUAUAACAGUCAAGACAGUUGUACUGACAAUCUGCGUUGCCAAACUUUGUAUUAACAAACUGGACUAUUUCUUAUAGAUUUACAUCCUAUUAACAAGAAAGGAAAAAAAAAUAUUAGUUCCCCGAAGCUAGCUGAUAUUAGUGUUAACCUCAACAAGUUUUAAACUGUGUUAAUGUCGCAUAAAACGUGUAAAAUUUUUUCGCACAAUGUUAUUGGAUAAGCAAAUGUACGUGAGGUAACAUAAGAGAGGGAUAUAUUUUGAGAUGUUUUUACAAGACUUGUAACUAGAAGCCUUCGUGCUCGACCUUUUAAAAUCAGCGUGUAGUUAUUUUUAUUGUUCACCGAUUAUAGUUACAAUAAAUGCUCAUUACUG